AUGGCCUCGAAUGCUGGCCACGGUACGAUGAGGGGAACGCCCAGUAGGGGUCAAGGUCGAGCAAACAUACCCGCGUUCACCAAUAGUCCAGCAUCAGCUAUACCUCGGCCGACGUUAGAAACACACCAGAGCUCAACAGCUCAGAGUGAGGCUGGCGGCUCUACUAUGAGUGCCAGCAGACAGAAACAAUCGAAAAGAGACGAGGCGAUACGGAGGAAGAUCGAGACCGAUCUCAGCAAGAAGAAGCAUACUACAGGUCGAGCACGACAAACAAGAAAGGCCCCUCCAGGGACGGUCCUGGCCCUGCGUCCGAGUCAAGCAUUGCAGAUAAAGCCAAAUACUACAGUUGCUGAAGCAGCCCAGUUGAUGGCCGCGAAGAGGGAAGACUGUGUGCUGGUUACCGACGAUGACGACCGUAUUGCCGGAAUCUUCACCGCAAAGGAUCUCGCUUUUAGAGUUGUAGGGGCAGGUAUCAAGGCCAGCAAUGUCAUGAUCUCUGAGAUUAUGACCAAAAACCCGCUUUGCGCUCGAACUGAUACCAGCGCAACUGAUGCAUUAGACCUCAUGGUUCGUAAGGGUUUCCGCCAUUUGCCUGUAAUGGACGAGAAUCAGGAUAUCUCUGGUAUUCUGGAUAUCACAAAGUGCUUUUAUGAUGCUAUGGAGAAACUAGAGCGGGCAUACAGCUCUUCCAGGAAACUCUACGAUGCCUUGGAGGGCGUUCAAUCAGAACUAGGAUCCACCCAACCACAACAGAUUAUACAAUAUGUCGAGGCUCUCCGAUCGAAAAUGUCCGGUCCAACUCUGGAGUCGGUCCUUGAUGGGCGCCCUCCUGUGACAGUCAGUGUUCGCACAUCUGUAAAGGAAGCCGCCGCGAAGAUGAAGGAAAACCACACCACUGCAGUUCUCGUACAAGAUCAGGACUCUAUCACUGGUAUUUUCACGAGUAAGGACGUUGUUCUGCGAGUCAUUGCCCCUGGUUUGGAUCCCGCGAAUUGUAGUGUUGUUCGAGUGAUGACCCCUCACCCCGAUUUUGCUCCUAUGGACAUGAGCAUUCAAGCCGCUCUUCGAAAGAUGCAUGACGGUCACUAUUUGAACCUUCCAGUCAUGAACGAAGGAGGGGAAAUUGUUGGUAUGGUUGACGUUCUAAAGUUGACAUACGCCACUCUUGAGCAGAUCAAUACCAUGUCAACUGGCGAUAGCGAAGGCCCUGCAUGGGGUAAAUUUUGGAUGGCCCUUGAAAAUGAGACUGAGUCUAUCAUGUCUGGAGAAGGAAGUCAUCACCAUACCACGGGAGGGAGAUCCCUCAUGUCUCCAGAUCUCUCACGGGGCCACGAGCGAACGGUAGAUGUAAGUGUUGCACCGGGUGACUCUGCUUCUCACGUCGGCAUGGACUCCCCCUCACGUUCCGUGGUCAGUCGAUCCGCAGACGUACCAGCAGAAGAAGUACCAUUCCCAUUCAAAUUCAAGGCGCCGUCCGGACGCGUUCACAGACUCCAGGUUAUUGGGGCUCAUGGGCUGGCUGAGCUUAUCACCGCAGUAAUCAGUAAAUUAGGGUCCGAGGUCGAGGCCGUCGGAGGUGCUGCAACUUUUGAAGACGGACACCUGGGUGGCUCGGGCUUUGCACUGAGCUAUCUUGAUGACGAUGGAGAUACUGUUUCAAUUACAACAGAUCAAGAUCUUCUGGAAGCUAUCUUAUUAGCCAGACAAGGCCAUCGUGAUAAAGUCGACCUAUUCGUACACGAUCCAGAAAAAGCACCAAUCAGCGCAACGCUAGAUCCUCAUCCGGUCAUCAGCAGCCAAGCACCGAGUCCCCCACCAUCUCAUACGGUACGCGAGCGUAAGCGUGUUGUUUCUGAUGAGGACGAUGAGAGCGAAGAAGAGGUUCAUGUUCGGUCGCGAUCUAGGAAGGCCACCGCGAAGCCAAUCGAAGCGCAAGUGAUUGCUGGUGUUCCAAAUGAACUGCUAUUGCCAGGCGCAAUUGUAACUCUCGCUGUUGUCAUUGUUGGCGUCUUUGCUUUAACUCGUGCGACAAGUCGUAAUUGA